AUGUCAUCACCAAGCUCCACCACCCCCCUGAAAAACAUCAAAGAUUUCGACGUCUCUUCUAUCCCAGACUCCGAUUCCGAAGAUGAAGAUACGAUUUAUGAUCAAACUCCGGAAAAAGAAAAGGAGGUUGACGGAUCUGCAGAUGAUGAGAUUGUUUAUGAUACUUCUAUUUUUGCGGAUGAGAUGGGAGAUCAGGGACGAGAUGAUGCGGGUUUGAAGGAUAAUACGAUAGUUCAGUCUGUGAUCUUGAGUAGAUUCUCGACUCCGACUACUGAUCUUUUAGGAGUUGGCGGUAAGGAAUUUGGCGAGGAGUCUAUGACUACCUCUCAUCAAAAAUCAGAAGAGCUCGCGAGAAUCCGAGCAGUGAUUACUCGAAGCCGGAUUCCUGAUACUCAUCAGAUAAUCCCAAACUCUACAUCUGCACUCGCAAUAGCACCAAUUCCUCUAGAAGUUCAAAACUCCACAACUCAUCUCCCACCCGGCACGCCUCUUAUCCGGGAUUUUGCAGUUGCUGCAUUGCCCUACAUAAUCAACCCUCACAAUCCUUACACCCUCUCAACCCUGCAAGUCCUACGCGGGACGAAUGUUCUGAAAUAUCGAACUCUACAAUCAUCUACAUAUCCCUCAACUGGUAUCCGCACUAUGUAUCAUUAUCACGGGGUUCUUUUUCGCCAUGCAGUGAAUGAUAUGCACGCACCUUCUGAUAAGAAAGAAAAGGAAGAAAAAGAAUUGGGGCGUGAAUUAUCUGCGGGAGAAGAAGCGGAUGAUGAGGAAUAUAUGUAUAUAUCUACACCCGCACCUGUAAUUCCACGUGCUCCUGUUUUAGGGAAUCGAAAUGUGGAGGAUUUGGUGGAGAUUGAGGAGAUAGAGGAGAUUGAGGAAUCAAAGAACGAGGGAAUUUUCCAAAUCAUUCCCAAAAAUCUCAAAAAAUCACGACAACCAAAGGAGAAGAAUCUCGAAGACUCAAGAACCAAUGUCUCAAAUGCCCCCACCAUAAUUUCUCCCCUCACAAUCCACAAACAACAUCCACAACCCUACCAACCCCCCCGCAUCAACGCCUGGCCCCUCAUCGCUCUCACCUAUCACAUCCCCAUCUUCCCAACACACAUGCUCACCUCCUCCUCUCUUACCCAACUCUCCCUCUGUGAAAAAUUCCUCCAGCAGCAAAACGGAUACUCAGAUUCCCCACUCGAUCAAUGGGCCCUAACCCAACAUCGACUAUUUCUCUGGAUCAAUUCCGGCGCGUUAGAAAAUGGUAUUGAGGGGGAGAUGCGACGAGUAGGGAGUGCGGAUGUGUUGCUUGGGGAGGAGAGUAGCGAGAUGUGGGAUUAUGAGGAUGUGGAGGUGUUUGCGAGAUGGGAGGGGGAUACUUUUAGGAGGUGUUUGGAGUGGGUGCAGGAUGUGGAGGGGGAUGGGGAGAGGGAGGGAAAAGGAUGGGGAGGCGUGGGUUUGGAGAAUGAGGUGUAUGAUUUUUGUGGGGAGGAGGAGAUUUUGCAUCGGUCGGCGAGUAUAGCUAGUAAUAAAGAGAAGAAGCAAGAGGGCUCAUCAUCAUCUUCAUACAUCUCGGAAGAAUACGAUGCCGAAGACGAGCGAGGCGAAACCAGAUCUGCACAGCCUUCAUUUCCUCUCCCAAAACAAAUUGAAAACGAAGAUUACGAUCCUCGACUUGGCAGAGUGGAUUCCCCUUUUCGCCAACCGAUUAAUCAUACCGCGUUUCGGGAAACGGGGAUUCAGGCUGCAGAUUAUGCGCGUGCGAAUGCGAUGGCGAGGUUUGAGAGGGUGGCGGAGGAUUUUGCGAGGAGGGAGGGAGGAGCGGGGGAGCGAGAGGAUUCUGUGGGACAGGCUGAGCAAGCGGGAUUGAGUGAGAAUAGAGAUUCGAGAUUUGAUAGCGCGGAGGUGCAUAUGAGAGGUGGUGCGGGAUCUGGAGAUUCGGGGAAGGAAUCGAUUAAUGAAUCUUUUCCUACUGGAUCCAAGUCUCAGAAUCCACUUUCUCCCAGUGCUAGCGAUUUUAAAGCAAGCCCCUCACUUCUUUAUCCGCAUCUCUAA